UGUUUUAAUUACUGUGUGGUAUGUUACCUAUUGUCCUUAUGUAGCCUCAUGUGACUUGUUCAUUACCACGGCCACCAGCUGAUACGUAUUACACCUGUGGUUUACAAUGAUAUGGAGACAAAGUGUCAGCAGAAAAGUGUGAUUAAGACCUCUUCUCAAAACUCAUUAUCACUUGAGGAAAAUGUCACAAUGGUAUGAGGAAAGGUGUGUAAUCGACGUCGUUAUUAGAUCAGCCACUGGUGGAACAAGCAGACGACUUCCCGUGUCUUCAGAGGACGGAAUACACGUCUAGAUGGCACCCAAUAGGACUCCUUUCAGACGCAGCAUGUUUGGUCUGAAAACCCCUAUCUCCAGAUACAGGAGACGGUCCAAUUUGGAUGAUUUUGAUGGAAUUCGUAGCAUUCUCUCUAGAAGUAAAGUCCAAGAGAGUUGGACUUCCCAUGUAAGGCAACAAGGUGACCUGUUCUAUGUUGAUGUGAAUGGCAGUCAAGGCAGCGGACAUAUACAGCAGCAGUCACAUCAUAAUAGUGGAUCAUUUCACCAGAGUAAUGGGUCGUUACACGACAGCGAUGGGUCGCUACACCACAACAAUGGAUCACAAAAUCACAAUGAUGGUUCCAACCAUUACUACAGCAACAGGCAUGGGGAGCGACCCCAAAACAACUUUUAUGAUGGAAAACAAAAUGGUUUUCAGACGAAAACGGGGCCACAGAGACAAAGGAUCAAUGGACAUAUACAGAGCAGUAGUGGUAAUUUGGGUUCAAAUGGUUAUCUUAAAAACAAAUCAAAGUACAUUUCUCAAGACUUUGAUGAUGAAUAUGUUGAGUUAGAUAGAAAUGACUACAAUUCGUGGAUGUCUUCUCCGCAGAUCAACAAUAAAUAUCACAACACGAAUCAUGACGUGAUUAACCAAGAACACGGUGACAAGAUAAAGCAUGUAUACCUAUCACCCAACUACAAAAACUGUAAAAAUGGCCAAAUGUCAGGAAUUAAAUUGUGCGAGAAGAUGUUUGGAAUUAAACUGUGCCAAUAUAAUGACAAGACACGCGUCAACAACAACAAUAAUAUUGUAAAGGACAGGAAAGUGAUUGUACAAGCUGUAGUUCCCGGUAGUGCAGCAGAAAAAUGUCGUCAGAUACACAGAGGUGAUAUGAUGUUGGGUAUUAAUGACAUGGAAGUUUCCUGGGUGAAUCUUGAUAAAACCUUCAAUUCUAUUACAAACAAAAAGGUUAAGGUAACAUUCCAGGUGCCAGUUGUGAUUGGUCCACAGACACCUCCGCCAGUACCACUCCCCACAUAUAAACAAUCCUUACCGCCUAAAGCCCCGCCCCGACAGGAAGGGGAGGACAUCGUCCAGCUGGUGACGGGAACCACUACUGGAGUACUGUCAAGCAAGUUCAAGUCCUGUCUCUGCUCGUUCAUGUACCUUACUCUGGAGGACUCUAGCAGUGAAUCGGAAAACAUACAAGAUGACAUUCUGUAUAUGUUCCCACGGGAUGACAACAUUGCAACAGAAGUUAGGGGUAUGUUCCUGACCCUGUGUGGGGUGCUUCCAGAUAUCACUGGGUCUGUAGCACAGACGUCCACGCUGAUGUACAAGGGACAAUAUAUCCACGUGGUGUACAGUCGAUAUGGGCAGGAUUUACUAGCUAUGGCCAUGCCAGCUAACAGGGUGCCGCUUCAGUACCUCCAAUGUAUCAAAUGUGAGCUACAACAGGUGAUGGAUCUCCUCUUCAGCUCAACAUCAAGGGCAUUCAGGAAACCGCGUCAUAAAAGUCAUCUUGAUCAGCUGUUCAGUCUGACUCUCAACAAGAUAUUUGGUUCUGAUAACUACAAUAAUACACCUAGUCCGUCCUGUAAAGCUCUGUGGGGCUCUAUCCCUGGUACAAAGUCAUUGGAACUGUCACAGGAUAACAAGAUUUUGUGUGAUGAAAUACUCAGUGAAUUUGAAGCUGCAGAUUUUGAUGACUUGGAAGAAGACUUGCCAUUUGAUAGAAGGACAUUCACAAUACUGGGCACUUGCUUAUUCUAUAAGGAAUACCUGCUCAGUAACCACCUGUCAGCGGAGGACCUUCGGGAUGUCCACCUGUUUCUCAAGUACCACUGCCUGUUACACCUGGUGUCCAAACAGAAUGUGGAGGAGCUUGUUAUUUGGAGGGAGGUGUUCCCUUCCCGACUCUGUCGACCCACUCUGGCUUCUCCUGUGGGAUAUGAUGAACCUUCCGGUCGCUGGUUCCUCCUUAUUGUUGGAAUGAAAAGUUUCCUACUUGCAACCUUGCUUGAGGCUGGUGGAUGUGCAAGGACAGUUGAUGGGAACCCCCGUCCUGAUCCAUUCUAUAUCAGUCAGGCCAAGGCAACCUUACUACAGCUGGAGACUGAUGAUGUAGCUAUGGCAGAGUGUUGUGAGAAUAGGUUAAGCUCAGAGAGGAGUGGCCCAUCCCUUGCCAGUGCCGAUGGUCUCAUGCUCGGCACCAAACCAAAGAGAGAGGAAUCAACACCAUCUAAAUCUCAAGGAUCUCCAAAGUCUCCUGCUGUAACACCUAGACUCGCACCUGAAUCCUCAUGGCCGCUAGGCUCAUAUUAUGUCACUAAUAGAACAUACAUCUAUAGUCAUGAGGACCAGGAAGGGGACAGGAUUUCCCAUGGGAAGGGCACUGCUUAUACAGGAAGUGAGACAUCUACCCCAGUAAUGAGACGACAAGGCAGUAAACUAUCGUACGGGUCCAAUGACUCUGGAGGGAGUGGUAGCAGCACGGGGGUCAGUCGGGGAAACACAAGCAAGACCCUAAGUAAAGCUGGGUCAGUGUUUGACAUGGUCAGCAUGAAUCAGAGUCUCACCACAGUCUCUGAUGAGAACAAGUCUGUCUACCCCAUCAAAGUGACAAAGGGAGUAGACAAUGUGUUGUUUCACUAUCUGAACUUUAAUGGUAUGGAGGGAGUAUAUGUGUGUCCCACUGCUCAGGAGAUGAGUACAUCUCAGGGGACAUUACAUGGUCAAGUCCUACACAACUUCAGCACCUCCUGUCUACAACUACGCAAGAAGUUUCAACGGUGUCGUAUGAAACAAGAGACAACAUGCAAGCACAGAUUUGGUGAGGACAAUACCUUCAGACAGGUCCAGGAACAGGGUAUACUGUUCCAGUACAAACCCAGUGUAGCGCCAGAUGCCAAGAAAGUCCCUCCAGCUCAAUGUUACUGGGUUAUCGGACGCCGUUACCCUGGCAACAGAGAACUAUUUGUGUGUUUCCAUGAAAGUGUUCCCCAGACUGCCAUAGAACUAGCAUUCCGUAUGGACUUUGGCUCCUGACAAACCAUAAAGAUUCCAGAAAACAUUCCUCAAAAGCUCCUGACAAACCAUCAGUAAAGAUUCCAGAAAACAUUCCUCAAAAGCUUCUGACUGCCCAGAGUUGAAGUUUUAUCUUGACAAAAAUUUCAAUCCAUAAGUGAUCAGACUUAGUGUCACCUUGAAUGCAGAGGACAGUAUGGCCAUUGAAGCAUUAAUGUUUGCACAUAGCCCCAUAUUAUUAUUGUAAGGAUGUGUCAUACUUACGGCCACCUACAGUGUAUAGUGUGUGAGACUUGGUCAGAUUGACCUCGUUGGACAUUGUCAGGAUUUGAGCCAUACAUAUGGCCACCUACAGUGUAUAGUGUGUAAGACUUGGUCAGAUUGACCUCGUUGGACAUUGUCAGGAUUUGAGCCAUACAUAUGGCCACCUACAGUGUAUAGUGUGUAAGACUUGGUCAGAUUGACCACUUUGUGCAAACAAUGCAUAAUACAGAGGAUAUAUAUCCUACAUCAUAAUAGCAGAUUUGGUGCAAUCAUUCCUAUUCAGUUGAAUAUUUCAGGUAAAUCUAAAUGACUGUAUAUAUAAGCAAUAGUUUAUCAUCUAUAUUUAUUGUAGGAAUGUUACAGGGUUGUAAACAGAACAUUGUAGAUAGUGAUCUAUAAUUUAUUUAACUCUAUCAAAUCGGUUAUCAAUGCUUUUGUGAUCUUGCUAUUUUACUGAUUCACUACAGUAUUGAUAUCAUACUAGCAUCAACAUUCUAAUGCAGACUUUCAUGGUAGACUAUAUAUACAAGGAUGUACUGCUUCCGUCCAUAUUUACAUUUAUAUACAAUAUUUUAUAUUUAGACUUGUGCUUUACAUUAUGACUGUAUCUCAUUGUUAUUUUUAGACUGGUUCAUGCUUGUCAGACUGUGUUUCAUAUCUAGAAAGAAUAACAAAAAACAAAAUUAGCAAUAAAGGAUCCACCCGGAGGAUAUGAUGUAUUUAAAAAUUAUAUUUGAUGACUAAAUCUUGAGAGAUUUUUAUAUGAAAAACAAAAUUUGACUUGUUUUGCUUGUUAAAGUGUUUUUGGCCUUGGAAGGGUGUAGAAAAAAAGAAAGAAAAAAAAGUAUCACGAAAAGAGAAAAUGGAAUGACAAGAGAACACCCUUAUAUAUACAUUGAUAUUUAUCGCUUUGUAAUUAUUUAAAAGCAUUAAGGUAUAAAAAUCAGAUAUCUGGUAAAAGUAUUUACAAGGUUAAUAAACCCAUACCAGUAUUUUAUAGUGCAGGCUAGCUUUUUGGCUUUAAACAAUGUUUAUAUCUUGAAUUACUAUUUUGAAACAUAAUUUGUACAGAUUUAUAUGUCACCUUCAUAUUUGAUAUUAUAUAUUGAUAUACAUGAUGUUGUAGUCAGUUCUAACAUUAUGUUGUGUUGUUUAGUGCUGAUUGUUUCUCCGACUGAUGUUUUGAAGUUUCAAUGUUCGUACAUGUGUGGUAUUUAUGUGUGUAGAUUUUAGUGUUUGUACAUGUGUGUUAUCUAUGUGUGGAGAUUUUAGUGUUUGUACAUGUGUGUUUAUGUGUGGAUAUUUUAGUGUUUGUACAUGUGUGUUAUUUAUAUGUGGAGAUUCAUUGAGAAGUCCUACAGAAUAUGUAGCUAUGUAAAGACUGUGAUAUGUGCCAAAUUUUACAUACCUGUGAUAUAGUAUUUAAAUCAUCACAUCAUCAUUUCAUUACCUUUGAUUUUUUAUGUCGGUAAGUGUUUAUUCUAACACUGUAGGGUUAUUUUUGUUUGAUACUUAGAUAUUAAAUCAUCAGAUUAAAAAAACACCUAAUUGGAGAGAAAUUCAGUAGGAAAAUCAAUUCUGCGCAAUAUAAUGUUUACAUUGUUUAUUUUCUAAUUUAUGAAUUAAUCUGAAAUUAUUUGAAAUGAUAGGAAUCCUUAUAAGUGAGAAAUGAAGAUAUCCAGGGUAUGGAUUAUGCAUGAGUAUGUCUUCAGCUGGACUCUAAAUGGCUGUUAGAGAUCUGGACUUCAUAUAUAAACUCAUCUUUAAAGUCUACUAUCACCUUUUCUGACGUAUACAUUAUUUGAAUUUAUGUCAGUUAUUUAUUAUCAUGAUCAGCUGAUUGUUUAAAAAUGCAUUCGGAUGUAUAAUUGCUAAUACUUACAUCAUUGUAAAAAUUAAAAACUUGUAGACUUACAAAUUUUAGUGGUAAUCUUACUCUUGCAUAUACUAUUUCUAAUUGCAGUUGGUGUGGAUGAGCUUAUUCAUUGUUGUGCUGAUUUGUUUAGAUGUGACAGUGCACUAAAAUUUGGGUGUGCUAGAAUAAGAAUUGUUUUUUGCCACUGUCAUCCCAACCUGUUGGCCAGUAAGUUAACUCUUCCUCAACUAUAGUUCCACAAUAUGUUGUGGUAGUCCCUUCCCCACAAUAUGUUGUGGUAGUCUAUUCCCCACAAUAUGUUGUGGUAGUCCAUUCCCCACAAUUUGUUGUGGUAGUCCAUUCACCACAAUAUGUUGUGGUAGUCCACACACCAAAAUCUUUUGUGGUAGUCCAUGGUCACACACCAAUAUAUUUUUCGGUAGUCACUAUAUCUAUAUGUUAUUUAAGUCCAUAUUCAACAAAAGUUUGUGUCAUCCACAUUCCACAAUGUUUUUAGGUAGUCAACACUCAACAAUAUUUUGGGGUAGUGACUGUCCACAUUCCACAAUAUUUUAUGGUAGUCAACACUUCAGAAUAAUUUGUGGUAGUCCAUUCCCCACAAUAUGUUGUGGUAGUCCAUUCACCACAAUAUGUUGUGGUAGUCCAUUCCCCACAAUAUGUUGUGGUAGUCCAUUCACCACAAUAUGUUGUGGUAGUCCAUUCCCCACGAUAUGUUUGGGUAGUCCAUUCCCCACAAUAAUUUGUGGUAGUCCAUUCCCCACAAUAUGUUGUGGUAGUCCAUUCCCCACAAUAAUUUGUGGUAGUCCAUUCACCACAAUAUGUUGUGGUAGUCCAUUCACCACAAUAUGUUGUGGUAGUCCAUUCCCCACGAUAUGUUUGGGUAGUCCAUUCCCCACAAUAAUUUGUGGUAAUCCAUUCCCCACAAUAUGUUGUGGUAGUCCAUUCACCACAAUAUGUUGUGGUAGUCCAUUCACCACAAUAUGUUGUGGUAGUCCAUUCCCCACGAUAUGUUUGGGUAGUCCAUUCCCCACAAUAAUUUGUGGUAAUCCACAGUUGUAGCAGGAAGCGGACAGUUGUCAGGAAGGACUGUUUACCUAUCAUCCCAUGUAGAUGGUGCUUGGAUAAUGUGUUCAUUCUAUUGGUUCUCUAUCUUCGAAAUUUAAGGGAUGGUAUUCAUUUAUCUUCUCUACAAAGGAGAUAACUUAUGGAGAAUGUAAACCUUGGAUUUUGAUGAUACAGGUAUAUAAUAUGAAAAAUGUAGAAAUUCAUUAAUGAGUUAAGCAUUCUGUAUUCAUUACAGAGUUGUCACUCUGCCAUAUAACUACUAUGCAUUACCUACCUAUGUUAUCCUAUAUUCUACGUUACCACAGAUAAAAUGUCACUAGUGUCUUUAUUAUUGUACACCUUGGUACCGGGUGAUAAUCAUUUAUACCUGUUUUGUGAACUUGUGCGCUUCAUAUAACAUCAAAUUACGUGUAUCAAAAAUAUUAUUAUUGCAAUUUAUGUAAUAAAAUGUAAUACAUGUACAUGUUGAUAUUUUAACAAUAUAAAUGAAAACAAUUCCAUGACCCAUUCUCAGUUUGGGCUGACAAAGCAGUGUUUAUUGUAAAUGUUGAAUAUGUUAUACCUUUCUACCAUAAUAAGAAAAUAUCUCUACUACUGCUGCUGAAUAUUGGGGGAAAAAACAAGAAAGAAAACACUGAUAUAUGCAUUAUUCACAUAGCCAUAGCGAACCGGGUACACCCACCCCAUCAUUUGUUUUUUGUUAGGUUUGGACUACAAAGUAACUUUGACUGUAUUAUGAAUUCGUAGUUGUCACUUUACCAUGGAUUGGAUUUUUUUUUUUUACAAAAUUGUAUUCCAAGUUUUUUUUAUAAACAUCAAACAUUCAUAACAUAACAUAUGAUCUACACUAUACAUCUACCUCUCCACUGUUUAGGGCAGUAAUUUGUGAGGGCAUCAUCUAUACUCACUAAAUAUUAACACUCCGUCACCAAAACAUUAUUUCGUUUAUUUUGUUUAUCAACUUAAGCAAAGAUUGCAAAGAAUCUGAAUUUUCAAUCUAGUUCAUGAAAUUGCCACUAAUGUUGAGAAAUUGUAGAAUGGAUUUAUGAGUCAUUAUUCAAAUUAUAAACAAUCAAAGUUGAAAAAAUAUUUCAUUACUUUCUAAGAUGUGAGGUCCAUUGGGCAGGUCACUAGGAAAUUAUUGGUCCAUGUGUUUAAUUAAUGUAUGUAUACCCAAAUAUCAAUGUUUUCCUUAUUUUGAUAUGUUGUGAUGAAAGAAGUACAUAACAUUCAUUUAAAAGGUUUUUAGACAUCAGGUAAUAAAAAAAAAGUAUGAGAUGGACUAAAUAAAAAAUAUUUCCAAUCAUGAACAGGUUGUAUGAUUUGAUGCCUGCAUUGUAGGUUUGAUUUUUUGGUAUCAUUGAUGUGUAUGGUGUUUGUAAAUGGAAUUAUUUACGAUAGUUAUCACUAGUGUUCAGGAAAAGAACCAUAUUGUGAUAAUUUUCUGUUAUAUUGAAGUUCACCUCAAUAUUGACACCAUCAUGUCCAGUUCACCUUGUUACCUCAGCACCACUAUGUAAGAUCCUGUAACAUAUUAACCUCUAACCAGGGGCUGGUCACCCCACAAUACUGUAUUUCUUGGUAUGCCUUCUACUGACACAAUCUGUAGAUUACAUUUGUUGAUGAAGUCAUGUAUGAAAUCAUUGUUAUGAAUAAAAUUCAAGUCCGCAGGGAUUUGAAAAUUUAUAAAACAUAA